CCUCGCUUUAUGUGUCAACAAAACGGUUGAGUUUCCGUAUAGGUUCGCCCACCUAUUCCUUGCAGGGAUCCCUGAAUAUAUUUUCUAAACAUAUUUAAAAACCACAAGGGGAAUUAGCACGCAACAAACAUGCAUUACAGUGACGAUGAAGAUGAGGAGCCUACGGUGGUUCCCGAAGAACAUGAAAAGACUGAAUCUGAGACAUCAGCUUAUUUGAGUACUCAGCACACAUGGCCUUCGAAGACCGUUUCAACGGCCCACAGUCUGUUUCCUCCGUUAUCAUGGCCCAGCUCUGCGAACCUGAUCCGCGACUCUGAUGUGUAUCCCUUGGAGAAAUCCUCACAGAAAAGAGGUUCUGGAGACUCGCUAGACAGUAGUGCUUUAGAUCAACAAUUAAGACCCGCCCAAACGAUACAAAUUUUACCAUCUUUGUCGGGUGAUUCUACAAUAUGCGAAUCAUCACGUACGGAGCUUACUAGUUCACAAGGAUUUGGCAAGUACAAAUGUAAUCAAGUGUGUGGGCCGAAAUGCAUAUGUACUUCACAACAGGCAAUAUCGGCAUACGAAGCAUCUUUAACUGCAUCAUCUUCACAAGUUCCAGCAUUCAUUUCUCCUGAAUUUGACAUAGCGAAUAUCGCGACCUUUUUGGAAUUGCCAAUAAGCAAAAAUGUCCUAAAUAAGUUAUGUUUUGGUGAGACUCUUGUGAUAAGUUGUGAUAAGGAAUCGCAUGAAGAAGGUGAACAGCCGCUAGCGGCACCCAUACAUCCGCCGGUGGUCGAUCUCCAGUACACGGACGAAAUAGGUGGAAUGUGUGUUAGCGUCGAACAAUCAAAUCAAAAUAUUGUAACUUAUUGUACGUCACAAUUUUCCUUUCAAAACUGCGGUGCAACCAGCAGCAUCCUGUCAGUGAUUGAUAGACAAUUCACUCUCGUUGAAGAGAAAAGAACAGAAAGGUUACAUAAACCGGAUGAUAACAAAGAGGAAAAAACAUUGCAUGUCUUCCGCGAAAAAUCCAACCGAUAUACUGCAUUCCGCAGUUCAACCAGCCCAGUGGGAACUAAAAAACAUCGUGGUGAUAUCAACUUGAAAGUAGAGGGAAAUUUGGUUUUAGAUGGUGCUGGAUUUGUCCUGAUGCGAUAUUUAAUACUUAAGAAAUUUCAGGGUGAUCUAGAAGUUUGGUCCAUGCAUAUAAAUGGUGAGAUAUGCCGUUGUGUUUACAGCGUUGGAAAAUCUAAACUGCUUAUGAUUAACAACCGCCCAUACGAGACCAUUCGGAUCGUCAAAUUCCUGAUUCGCACGAAUCGAAAAACGGACGUUUCGAAAACCUAUUUUCUACCGAGCGGGCAUUUAGUACGACAUCGCUGGAUGGGAUGUCCUUAUUUCAUUCAUAUAAACCCGAUAACGCGCGUUCCCCCUUGUAAUUAUUUCAUUAGCUUAGAAAAGACUUGGGAGAAUGAUAUUCAAUUGUUCUCCAAAUAUCUGGAUUUCAAGCAAGAGAAUCAAUCACAAAUCAGAUCGUAUUUAUCUGAUAAUGGUGAAGUUAAGUGCAUGAUUAAGGAUUAUUUGCUGUGUUUACUGCAGAGUAAGCCGAGAUAUGUCCUUGACUUCACAAUUGAUUAUUUUCAAAAUUUAUUAUGUGAGGAAUAAUUGCCAGAAAUAUUGGAAUGAAAAUUAAAAAAGUAAGUCAACGAUUCAGAAAAAUGUAUUCAGCUAUUCAUGACGAAUAAAGCGAGAUUGAUGAAUUCA